AUGGAAAUAAAUACUAUAACUGAUACUAUUCACUACACCUUUCCAUGGCUUAUUUUUAUGCUAUAUAUAGUAUCUUCAAUGAUUCCAGAAAAACAUAAUAAGCAAAAAUCCGAUAUUUCAUCAUUACUUCAAACUAUUUCAACUUUUUUAAUUCUAUUGACUUUUAUCGGAAAUUCCAUGUUGAUUUUAGUUUAUAUUUUAGUCAAACAAGAUUGGUGGAUUGCACAAUCUUCCGUGUUUUAUACAUUAACCAGUAUUUUUUCUUGGGGCAUAAUAUUUAUAAAUACUAUUGAGAUAAAACAUCGGAUUUCUAUAAAGUUAAAUAGCUUAAUUAUUUAUAUUUUUCAAAUAUUAGCAGAUACAAUACUCGUUUUUUCUAUAUUAUCAAAACCAUUUAUAUCUAAAUGGGAAAUAUCAUAUUCCAUAAUAAGUUCAUCAAGGAUUUUAAUUUCAAUGUUUUUUUUUACUUUAUGUUUUUUGAUUAAACAAAAAAAGUCAUUAACAAAUCUAGAAGACGAACCUUUACUUGAGCAAAAUCAAAUAUAUAAAGAUGAUGAGUUACUAGAUAUUAAGAGAAAAGGAAUUUUAAAUGAUAAAAAGUUAGAAAACACAUGGUGGAACUAUAUUAAAAAAUUUUAUUUAUUUUUCCCAUAUCUUUGGCCUAAAGACGUAUUAUUCCUACAGAUUAUGAUUUUUUUUUGUUUUAUACUUUUAAUUGUUUCAAGAUAUAUAAAUAUUUUGGUACCACAGCAGUUAGGGAUUGUCACAGAUAAACUCAAUGCAUAUGUAGACAAGAAAGAGAAUAUAUGGAUAUCUAUCUUUCUUUUUAUGUUUUAUCGAUUCUUACAAGGGAAUAUGGGCUUACUUGGAUCUAUUAGAUCUUAUCUUUGGAUACCAAUUAAUCAACAUGCUUAUCAAACUCUUUCUGAAAAGGCUUUUGAACAUAUUCAUACUCUUUCAUUAGAUUUUCAUUUAUCAAAAAAGACAGGAGAAAUCAUAAGUGCAUUAGAUCAUGGUUCUUCUAUAAAUACAUUUUUCGAAAUGAUUAUAUUUCAAGUUUUACCAGUAAUUAUUGAUAUUUUUGUUGCUAUUAUUUAUUUUUUCAUAAAUUUCGAUGCGUAUUUCGCUCUUAAUGUUGUAAUUAUGGCAAUCUCAUACAUUUAUGCAACAAUUAAAAUUACUGAAUGGAGAACAGAAUAUCGAAGAGAUAUGGUUAAUAAACACAGAGAUGAGUAUUCAAUAAAAAGCGAUUCUAUAACUAAUUAUGAAACUGUAAAGUAUUUUAAUGCUGAACCUUUUGAGUUUAAUCGCCACAAAAAUGCAAUUAGAACAUACCAAAAGGCCGAAUUCAAAGUUCUAAGCUCUUUAAAUUUGUUAAAUGUAGUACAAAAUGUAAUAUAUACAGCUGGUCUUCUUUCUAUAACAUCACUUUCUGCAUAUAAAAUUAUCAAAAAUCUAACUUCCGUGGGAAAUUUUGUGUCUUUAUUGACAUAUAUGACUCAAUUACAAGGACCUCUAAACUAUUUUGGAAGUCUCUAUAGAUCUAUACAAUCUAGUCUAGUAAAUGCAGAAAGAAUGCUGGAACUAUUUAGCGAAGAGUCAGCGGUUUCUGACAAUCCUGAUGCUAUUGAUAUAAAAAUAACACAAGGGGAAGUCAUAUUUGAUAAUGUCAGUUUUAGUUAUGAUAAAAGAAAAAAUGCACUAAAUGCAUUAAGUUUUCAUGCAAAACCGGGAACUUCUAUUGCUUUAGUAGGAGAGAGCGGAUCAGGAAAAACAACAAUAUUUAGAUGUUUAUUUAAAUUCUUUAAUAUUGAUUCUGGAACAAUUACAAUUGAUGGGCAAAAUAUUCAUAAUAUAAAACUUAACUCUUUAAGAAAAAAUAUAGGAAUUGUUCCACAAGAUACUGUUCUUUUUAAUGACACUAUUAUGUUUAAUAUUCGUUAUGCAAAACCAAAUGCAUCUGACGAAGAAGUUUUCCAAGCAGCACAGAAAUAUAAUACAAAGGUGGGAGAAAGAGGACUACGUUUAAGUGGUGGAGAAAAACAAAGAAUUGCAAUAGCACGAACAAUUUUAAAAAAUCCUAAAAUAAUUUUAUUGGAUGAAGCAACAUCUGCUCUUGAUACACAUACAGAAAGACAAGUUCAACUUGCAUUGAAAAAAUUAACUGAGGGUCGUACUACUAUAUGUAUUGCUCAUAGACUCUCUACCAUUACAUCCUGUGAUCUUAUUCUUUGUAUGAGAGAUGGACAUAUAGUAGAAAGUGGUACACAUAAUGAACUUUUAGCUAAAGUAGAAGAAGCAGGAGAAAAAGGGCUAUAUUAUUCUAUGUGGCAAAAACAAAUCCAUGCAAAUAAAAAUUCAAACAAUAACAAUAACGAUAAAGUAUAAAAAUUUACUUAUAUUAUUAAAUAUUUAAUCUUUCAAAUAAUUUCGAAAAAUUAAUAUUUAUUUUCUAAUC